CUCCAACCGCCACACUCACCUAACCCCUCCGAUCCCAUCAAACCCUAAUCCCCCACCUCCAUGAAACGAACCUCCAACAACCAGUCCCAAUGGCUCGUCAUCCUAACCGCAACCUCCGCCCUCCUCCUCCUCGCCCUCCUCGCAUUAACCCUAACACACGCCAAGCACUCCUCCUCCGCCGCCGACUACGAUCACCGCCGAUUCGCUAAUCCCGACCACAAUUUCAUCGACGGCGACAACAGCUACGGCCUCGAGCUCCCGCGCCUCCCGAGAUUCGCGUACCUGCUCACCGGUUCCAAAGGCGAAGGCCCGCAGCUGAAGCGGCUGCUCCAGGCGGCGUACCACCCGAGGAAUCACUACUUGCUCCACCUCGAUCUAGAAGCUUCCGACGCCGAGAGGCUUGACCUGGCUAAGUAUGUGAAGUCGGAGAGUGUGAUGCACGCGUUUCGGAAUGCGAUGGUGGUUGGAGCCGCAGAUUUGGUGACCGCGAAAGGUCCGACGGUGAUGGCGGCGACGCUGCACGCGGUUGCUAUUCUGCUGAAGCGGGCUGGGGAUUGGGAUUGGUUUAUUAAUCUCAGUGCUUCGGAUUAUCCACUCAUGUCCCAAGAUGAUUUGUUGCAUAUCUUUUCAUACUUGCCGAGGGAUCUUAACUUCCUGGAGCACACUAGCAAUAUUGGAUGGAAAGAGAAUCAAAGAGCGAGGCCGAUUAUUAUUGAUCCUGGUUUGUACCACAAUAAGAAAUCAGGUGUGUUUUGGGCUAAAGAGAGAAGGUCAAUGCCAGCUUCUUUCAAGUUAUUCAUGGGGUCUACAGGGGUGGUGCUGACAAGAUCAUUUCUUGAAUUCUGUAUUUUGGGAUGGGACAAUCUUCCCCGCACUCUUCUCAUGUACUAUACUAAUUUCCUUCAGUCACCAGAAGGCUACUUCCACACUGUUAUCUGCAACCAUAAGGAUUACCAGAACACAACUGUAAAUCAUGACUUGCAUUACAUAAGGUGGGAUAGCCCUCCAAAGCUAAAUCCAGUAAAUCUAACACUGGAACAUUACAAUGACAUCAUCCAAGCGGGAGCUCCUCUUGCCGGUCCAUUUACAAGGGAUGAUCCAGUUCUCGACAAAAUUGAUAAGGAGCUCUUGGGGAGACCAAGCGGGCAUCUGACACCCGGUGGUUGGUGUUUAGGAAGAGUUGGUAAAGAUAGAUGUUCAGUUUAUGGGAAUCCAGUGGCUGUAAAACCUAGUGUAGUUUCAAAGAGGCUAGAGAAACUCAUUGUGAAACUUCUUGAUUCUGAAAAUUUCAGGUCUAAGCAGUGUAAAUAGUCUUUGUUAUGUCUUGUUGUAUCCCUCUGAUAUCUCGGUUUCUUCAUUUUUUUUCA